AUGAGUCUUCCCGGUAUGGGUUUGGGGGGCCUCGGCGGAAACCAGCAGACGGCUGGCAUGAGCGAGCAAGAACAGGCUAUGGUUAAGAUGAUGCAAGCUGGUAUGGAGUCGUGUCCCGUCAAGACCGUCAUCUCCGGAACAAUGGGUUUCGCACUUGGUGGUGCCUUUGGUCUCUUCAUGGCCAGUAUGUCCUACGACUCCCCCCUCACCCCCCAAGGUCGCGAAAUCGCCGACCUCCCCUGGCGCGAACAAGUCCGCCGAGGCUUCAAAGACAUGGGCAAACGCUCCUUCUCCUCCGCAAAGAACUUCGGUAUCGUCGGUGCCCUCUAUUCCGGAACUGAAUGCUGUAUCGAGGGUCUCCGCGCCAAGAACGACUUGACCAACAGUGUUGCGGCCGGUUGUCUCACUGGUGGUAUUUUGGGCGCGAAGGCUGGUCCGCAGGCGGCUGCUUUUGGUUGUGCGGGCUUUGCGGCGUUUAGUGCCGCUAUUGAUGCUUAUAUGCGUAUGCCCUCGGAAGAGUAA